GUAAGCCGAGGCCAAAAUCCCUAAUUUCAUUGGUCGAAUAAUCAAUCCCCAAAUUGCAUUGCUCGGAGAUAUGGAAAGGGGCUGUAUGACGUUCACGGCAGCCUCUUCUGCUCCACCGAGACCCGCCGCUGCCUUCCGCCUUGGCUGGGGCCAAUCCCCAUAUGAAGCUCACCGGCAGUUUCGAUUGAGGGGCGCGCAUUGUAGGGUUAUUAGUCAAAAUGGUGGCGAUGUUAGAAGCAAACGCUCAUUGAGCGUGAAAGCUUUGCAGCAGAGUCUAUCGAGCAAUUGGGAUGUUUCUAGUUACGCUGCUCCGUCGUGGCUACCGAGAUUCGAGGAGCUUGACACCACCAAUAUGCUUCUUCGCCAGCGGAUUAUCUUCUUGGGAACCCAGAUAGAUGAUAUGACGGCAGACUUUGUAAUAAGUCAGCUGUUAUUACUAGACUCUGAAGACAAUAAAAAGGACAUACGGCUGUUCAUCAACUCGCCGGGUGGUUCGGUCACUGCAGGAAUGGGCAUAUACGAUGCCAUGAAAUUGUGCAAGGCUGAUGUCUCUACCACUUGUAUGGGUCUUGCUGCAUCCAUGGGCGCUUUCCUGCUUGCUUGCGGUACUAAAGGGAAGAGGUACUGCAUGCCAAACGCAAGAGUGAUGAUCCAUCAGCCUCUUGGAACAGCUGGGGGGAAAGCAACGGAUAUGAGCAUACGCAUUAGAGAAAUGGCUUAUCACAAAGUGAAGCUGAACAAGAUACUUUCGCGAGUCACUGGGAAGCCCGAACACCAGGUUGAACUGGACACUGAUCGCGACAAUUUCAUGAGCGCUUGGGAGGCAAAAGAAUACGGCCUGGUUGAUGCAGUCAUCGAUGAUGGCAAGCCCGGGCUAGUUGCACCCUCUGUAGACGAUUCGCCUCCUCCCAAAACCCGCGUGUGGGAUCUUUGGAGAGUCGAAGGAAGUCGGAAAGCCAGGAAGAACUUGCCUUCUGAAGAAGCAUACUUGCAAAAUGGCCAUGUCACUCCUGGCGAUGAUGAGGACAAAGAAACUGAACAGAUAGAGGAAGCAGCAUCUCCUCCUUAAGAACUGCUUAUGUUUAGUUUUUUGUACACACUGUAACAUCUUCUUUUUCAUUUGUGGCUUUAAUCUUUUUUAAUCCAAUGAUCCUCUUUCAAUUAAAUUUUGCAUUAGACAGAUCGGUCCUAUUGAUAUACAAAGUUUGUCUACUUACCUACC